CUGACGGUUCCCUUCUAGACACGGCCUUUGUUAAUUAACCAAAGAAACAUCAAACCUAGAACAUUUUGAUGUUACACAAACCGGAUAAUCGGGGCAGGGAGGCGGUGUCGAGCCUAAUUUUUUACGCUACGUAACGGACUACUUAGGAUAUUUCCAGCAGAGUUUAGACAGUGGUGUUGAAAGGUAAUGCUCAGUGCAGACCGAACUGCUCUAUCUGAACUAGCGAAGAUGACCGCAGCGAGUCAAGCGGAGAGGACUGUGCUGGAGGAAGAAUUUAACUGGCUACUGAAAGAAGAGGUGCAUUCAGUGCUGAAACAGCUGCAGGACAUUUUGAAGGAGGUUACAAGGCGUUUUUCAAUGCCAUCACUUGGUCUAGAUGGACAACUGAAACAAGAGAAUUUCAUUCUGGGCAGCUCCACGAUGGACCAGAUUAAAGGGGUUUUGACACUACAAGGAGAAGCUCUGACUCAGGCUGAUAUUAAUUUCAAAGUUGCUAAAAGCAGUCAAGUCAUGCAUUUUGCCUUCCGAGAUGAUAAACAGUGGAAAUUGCAACAGAUCCAAGAUGCCCGAAACCAUGUGAGUCAGGCCCUCCAGUUACUAAGCAGCCGUGAUGAAAGCUAUCACUUUAAAACUGGUGCUGAAGUUAAUAAGCUUAUGGAUGCAGUGAUGCUUCAGCUGACCCGAGCCCGUAAUAGACUCACUACUCCAGCCAGCAUGACUCUUCCUGAGCUUGCAUCUAGUGGGUUAAUGAAAAUGUUUACACCUCCAGUGCCUGGGGAUGUGAUGGUGAACUUCUAUAUCAAUCUCAGCAAACUGUGUCUGACUGUGUACCAACUGCAUGUGCUGCAGCCUAACACUACUAAGAACUUCAAAUCUGCAGGAAGUUCAGUGAUGCAUAAUCCAGGAGCGAUGUUUGAAUACAACAACACUAAGUUUGAGGUCAGCCAUGUUCAUAAAGUGGAAUGUGUGGUUCCCUGGCUGAAUGACACUCUGGUGUUUUUCACCAUUUCCCUGCAGCUUUGUCAACAACUCAAAGAUAAGAUUUCUGUCUUCUCUAGUUUCUGGAACUACAGACCCUUUUAAGAUAUAUCUGACCAAAGCUCUUUUGCAUUGAAUGAUAAUAAAAUGAUAUAAUUACUAUAUUUUAGGAUGCACUAGGAACUAAAGAAUUCUGUGAACAAGUUCCAUAAAGUAAUUUCCUUUACUACAGGACCAUGUAUAGAGUGUAUUUGUGUAAGACAUACAAAGUGUAUUGAACAGUAUGUAUACUACAGUAGUGAUAGUGUGCUAUGUACAUUGUGCUGAAUGCAUUCCUUUGAAACAGGCUUGUCAGAUGAAGGUAUUCUUUGACUUUCAUUCCUUUGUGUUCAUCUAGUAUUUGUCAGAGUUGAUCUGUUUGUCAGUGAUCUUGCCUGUUUUAAAGCUAACCAUAGGCCUAGACUUUAGAAUGAAAAUGCUACUAAAUACACAAUGCUUGGAAUUCUUAGUGGUCGUUUGUCACAAAUGCUGUGAAAUGUUCCAUUGUAUUUAAUGUGAGACAUCUUCAAAUCUUUUUCACCAGUGUUUUUGCCUUUUAGUCUGUGUAGUUGUACUCGUCAGAUUUGUGUUUAUUGGUCAUUUUUAUUUAUUCCAUGCACUUAAUUUGUCCUCAGUGUUUUAAUGUAUGUUCAUUUAUACUGAUUAAAAUGUUUAAGUGAAAAUAAAAAGAUUUUCAUGGUACAUUUCAUGCUUAAUAUGUAACAUUUUGUGCAAUAAACA